AUGAAGAUGUUUAAGUCUCUCAACACCUUAAUACUCUUGUCUAUAGUUCUUGUCCUAGCUUUUGCUGUUCCUCUGAAAGCACAAGACCAGCCACAAGACUACGUCGACGAACACAACCGUGCUCGAGCCCAAGUUCAAGUGCCACCUAUGAAAUGGGAUCAGACGUUGGCGAAAUACGCAUGGAACUAUGCUCAACAAAGAAAGCGAGACUGUAGUCUCAUUCCCUCUAACUCAGGUGUGUACGGUGAAAACUUGGCAUGGCAUAGUAGUAGUAUGUCUGGUACUGACGCAGUGAGACUGUGGGUUAGCAAGAAGUCUAGCUAUGCUCAAGUUGUGUGGAGAGCCUCGGUGUGGCUUGGGUGUGCCAAAGUCAGGUGUGACAAUGGUGGAACCUUUGUGAUUUGCAACUAUUAUCCUCCUGCUAAUUAAUGUUAAA